AUGGUCUACCACAGCCCCUCACUGUCUCCCACUGCCUACCACUGUCUCCCACUGUCUCUCACUGUCUCCCACUGUCUCCCAUUGUCUCCCACUAUCUCCCGCUGUCUCCCAGUGUCUCCCACUGCCUCUCACUGUCUCCCACUGCCUACCACUGUCUCCCACUGCCUCCCACUGCCUCCCACUGUCUCCCACUGUCUUCCACUGUCUCCCACUGUCUUUCACUGUCUCCCACUGCCUCCCACUGUCUCCCACUGCCUCCUACUGUCUCCCACUGCCUCCCACUGUCUCCAUCUGCCUCCCACUGCCUCCCACUGUCUCCCACUGUCUUUCACUGUCUCCCACUGCCUCCCACUGUCUCCCACUGCCUCCCACUGUCUCCCACUGCCUCCUACUGUCUCCCACUGCCUACCACUGUCUCCCACUGUCUCCCACUGUCUCCCACUGUCUCCCACUGCCUACCACUGUCUCCCACUGUCUCCCACUGUCUCCCACUGCCUCCCAAUGUCUCCCACUGCCUCCUACUGUCUCCCACUGCCUACCACUGUCUCCCACUGUCUCCCACUGUCUCCCACUGCCUCCCACUGUCUCCCACUGCCUCCUACUGUCUCCCACUGCCUACCACUGUCUCCCACUGUCUCCCACUGUCUCCCACUGUCUUCCACUGUCUCCCACUGUCUCCCACUGCCUCCCACGGUCUCCCAGUGUCUCCCACUGUCUCCCACUGUCUCCCACUGUCUCCCACUGUCUCCCACGGUCUCCCAGUGUCUCCCACUGCCUACCACUGUCUCCCACUGUCUCCCACUGUCUCCCACUGUCUUCCACUGUCUCCCACUGUCUCCCACUGCCUCCCACGGUCUCCCAGUGUCUCCCACUGCCUACCACUGUCUCCCACUGUCUCCCACUGUCUCCCACUGCCUCCCACUGUCUCCCACUGCCUCCUACUGUCUCCCACUGCCUACCACUGUCUCCCACUGUCUCCCACUGUCUCCCACUGUCUUCCACUGUCUCCCACUGUCUCCCACUGCCUCCCACGGUCUCCCAGUGUCUCCCAGUGUCUCCCACUGUCUCCCACUGUCUUCCACUGUCUCCCACUGUCUCCCACUGUCUCCCACUGUCUCCCACUGUCUCCCACUGCCUACCACUGUCUCCCACUGUCUCCCACUGUCUCCCACUGCCUCCCACUGUCUCCCACUGCCUCCUACUGUCUCCCACUGCCUACCACUGUCUCCCACUGUCUCCCACUGUCUUCCACUGUCUCCCACUGUCUCCCACUGCCUACCACGGUCUCCCACUGUCUCCCACUGCCUCCCACAGUCCCUCACGCCCCUCACGUUAUACAAAGAUAUUUAUCGAUCGGGCUUCGACAGACAGCAGGUGGUCGUGUCCCGAGAUGAGCAGAGAUUUGCCUGUGUUUCGCUGCCGUGUCUUUUUUUGCAGUGCGCUCUGAGGCCAGCCCUGGCUUAUCCCGGGGCCCAGGACUGCAGCUCCGACAGUGCAGCUCCGACACCCGCCCAAGACUCUGCCAUUGUCACGAAAUACUGCAUCACAGAGGCAGAUGGGCAGCGGGUCAAGUCCCCCUCUCCUAUGGCUCCCACACCAGUCCAAGUUCAUGAGGACAUUUCUCUGAUCAGUUAA